AAUAUACAAUUUGACAACACUGUAAUCUUCGACUGAUGUAAACAAACAACGAAUAAACCACAGAUAACUAAACAAACAUUGAAAAUCAUAAAAUUUAUUUAAUUUUAGAAAUAAUCAAACAUGGAUAGUUGUUUAUUAUGUCUUAGAAAUCCCAUAGAAUCCAAUCAAUAUAUUCCUGUGCAAUCACCACAAUGGAUAGAGUGGCAAGUUCUAAACAUAAUUGAGAAGCAUUUUUGGCCAAUGGUCAAUUUGGAAUCUAUAUAUGGAAUUUGUCAAAGCUGCUGGUCACAUUUAUAUGAGUUUCAUCUAUUUUAUUGUACUGUCGAAGAAGCUCAUCUAAAUAAUGUUCAAAUUAAUAAACAACAGCAAACAUUUUAUAAUUUUGAGAAAGAAACUCCACAUAUUUUGAAAGUGGAGUCAUUAUCAAAUGAGCCAUUAAUUUUUAUCAACGAUGAAAUUAUAACCGAUAGUAAAAUUGAAGAAAAUUUUAAAAAAGAAUUGUUCCAUUAUAACGUAGAAAUGGAGACUAUAAAGGAAACAGUGUCGAAAAAGAAAAGAGGACGUCCAAGUAAAAGCCAUGGUUUAAAAAAGCCCAAGGGUAAGGUAGGACGCCCACGUAAAGUUUUUAAGGAAAUAAGCGAGCUUCCCUCAACUAGUGACUUAAGUGACAUUUAUCCUAUUGAUCUUUUAUGUAAUAAGAAACCCAAGGGUAAGGUAGGACGCCCACGGAAAUAUUUUAAGGAAAUGAAUGAUUUCCCCUCAACAAGUCACUCUUUAAUACGAAACGGAACAAGUGCAAUGAAAAUUUACGCAAUGGGUGCAAUAUCAGGCACUAAUAAGAAACCCAAGGGUAAAGUGGGACGCCCAAGAAAAUUUUUUCAGGAUAUAAACGAUUUCUCCUCAACUAAUAAAUCUUUAAUAGAAAACGGUUUAAAUGUCAAGAAAAUGUAUGCAAUGUGCCCACUCGAAACUAAUAAUUCCCAAUAUAUAAAACCUAAAAAAAGAGGACGUCCUUUUAAGAAAAAAUAUAUUCAAGAAAAUGAAACUAUUAAUUACCAAUUUUCAACUGAAAGAGAAGAUUUAGCGAUGGAAGAAUCUUUGAUUCCUGAGGCGCAAUUGAAUACAGAUUGUUCUGAGGAAAUAUUAAAUCACGCACCUUUAAACGAUAAUGAUUUACAAAAAAACAAAGAUUUGAAAAAUAUCUUAAAAAAUCAUAAGAGAAUACAACAACACAAAUCUCAAAUGCGUAAUUAUAUUGCAACAAGUGUGCGUUGUAUGAAAUUUUUUAAAGAUAAAAUUUAAUUUUUUAUUUUUCAGAUAUUAAAACGGAACUUUAAAUAAUUUUUAGAAAAAAUAUUCGUAUCUUUUUAGUUUAUUGGUUUUUACCUUUACAGGAGCUAUUUUUAUAAA